UUGUAAAAUAAAAGCUUUAUUUUGAAAUGGCCAAACCGGAAGUCAUUUUUUUCCUUUAGUCUGUCAAACGGUGUCAAGAUGGCGACGCCCAUGAGGAGGACGCUGGUUGCUCUUCACAGGGCAACAUGUAGCAGUUUAAAGAAUGCAGAUGCGUCUCUGGACCUUCGGCAUCCGCUCCCUCUUUACCUGCCGGUCCGGACUAAGAAGCGGUACUUCAUCCCUCCGGCGGUGGGGACGAAAGGGAUGAAAGAUAUCAACAUGGAGGACAAAGCUCGAAAAGCCGGCGUUGCCCCCAGACAGCAGUAUUUUGAGAGGCCCAUCAACAUCGCCUCCACUUCGGGAAUUUUCGACCCCUACAUCCCUCCGGAGGGCGACGCUCGUCUCUCCUCUCUGUCUAAAGAAGGCCUGAAACAACGGACUGAACAGAUCAAACAGAGCGCCUCCUCGCAGCUGGCGAUUCGUAAAAUCAAAGAGCACGACCCUCAGUUCUCAACUAAGUCUUUUGCACAGCAGGCUCAGGAGAUCUUCGUUGAGGCUCACACCGCCCUGACACAGUUCAACAAGGAGAAGCUUCACUCCUUGUUGACAGAGAGAUGUUAUCCUGAGAUGACGCGGGGGAACCGUUACAAGACGAUCAGAUGGAGUUUCAUAGAGUCUCUGGAGCCGCCCAAAGUGGUCCACGCUCGCUGCCCCGACAUGAUCUCCAAGGGCAACCUGUACGGCCAGGUGACGGUCCGCAUGCACAGCAAGCAGACUCUGGCCAUCUACGACCGCUUCGGGAGGCUGAUGCUGGGCAGCGAGGAGCAGCCGAAGGACGUGUUGGAGUACCUGGUCAUCGAGCGGCACCUCAUGAACCCCUACGGCCAAUGGAGGCUGCACGGAAAAAUAGUGCCCUCCUGGGCUCCGGCCAAAGACCCCAUCCAUAAGACUGUCAUGAUUCCCGGUCCAGACCUGAAGCCCGGAGAGGAGUUUGACCCCCUCACCUAUGAAGUUCCUAAGCCAAAAGCGGUUCAGUGGAGUAAAUAGACCACAGGGUGGCGCUGCUCCUUACAUCAUGCAGUAGGACAUUAUCAGCGGCCAUGCGCCAAAUGCUGUUAAAAUUCCGGCUGUGGUCGGUUAGUUUGUCCACUUUGGCAGGAGAGCCAGGCUUCCUUUGAAGGCUCUUAUCUGUUUGAGAAAUGCUGCUGGCUGCUGAAUCGGAGGAAGCAGCAGGUGAGCUUAUGGAUGAACAAACUACUGAGUCCUGCAGCCAAUAAAGCUGCACCUCACCACACAGCAGUCUGGAAUACUAAUAACAAUAACAGCUGUUUUCUCCAAUUGGUUUGACACCUUUUCAUAUUGUUUUAAGACCAACCUAACGUGUUCAUGUCAAAAAUAAAUUUCACAGACCUCCGGAAAUCCAA